AGCCGUCGAACUGCGGGUCGCGUGCGCUCGCGGGGUGCAGGGCGCCAGUUGCCAUGGAGCCGGCCGGGCUGUGCGGUUUCUGCCCGGCCGGGGACGCCCAGCCGGCGCGCUACACCUGCCCGCGCUGUAACGUGCCCUACUGCUCGCUGCGCUGCUACCGGGCGCACGGCACCUGCGCCGAGGACUUCUACCGCGACCAGGUGCUGGGAGAGCUCCGCGGCCGCCACGCCUCGCCCAGCCGCCUGGCGGGCGCGCUCCGCAGGCUGCGACAGCAACGUGAGACCGAGGACGAACUCGAGGACGCAGGCCCGAGCCCAGGCCCGGCGCCCGGCGGCCUAUCGGGACUCUGGGAGCGACUGGCCCCGGCCGACAGGGCGGCUUUCGAGCGGCUGCUGAGCCGUGGCGAGUGUGCGCCCGCGGUGCCCGCCCGCAUCCCCACGCUGGCCAGCCUGAGUCGCGGCCGUCCCUCGCCGCUCGUGCGCUUCCAGCUGCCCAACGUGCUGUUCGCUUACGCGCACGCGCUCGCACUCUACCACGGCGGCGACGACGACGCGCUGCUCCCCGACUUCUGCACCACGCUGCUGGGCGUUUCUGGAGCCCUGGGCGCCCAGCAAGUCUUCGCCUCUGCCGAGGAAGCCCUGCAGGCCGCCGCGCACGUGCUGGAGGCGGGCGAGCACCCGCCGGGGCCCCUGGGCACCCGGGGUGCCAUGCGCGAGGCCGCCCGCAUCCUGCUGGGCCAGGGCCCGGAACACCAGAAGAACUUCACGCUGGCAGCACUGGGACACCUGGCGCAGACCCUGGGCCGCGCACGGAAACAGGCCGCGAGCCCGGAGGAGCGAGACCGCCUCUACCGGGCCCGGAAGAAGUGCCAGUUCCUGAUGGCUUGGACCAACGAAAAUGAGGCCGCCCUCACCCCCCUGGCCCUCGCCUGCGCGGGGGCCCACCGAGCCCAGGCUGCGGCAGCCGAGGAGGUGGCAGCCCUCACGGGGGAGCUGGAGCGCCUCUGGGGAGGCCCUGUGCCACCAGCGCCGAGGACUCUCAUUGAGGAGCUCCCAGGCUGAGCCGGCCCUGGUCACGAAUAAAACGGACUGGUGGCCUCUGUUGGUCU